AUGAAUCAAGGAAAUUUUUCACGAAUCCUUGUGAGACGAAUCAGAUGUUUUGUAUUAGAUAUGUUGAUGUUUUUGUUGAGGUAUAUUGUUGUUUUGCCAAGCAAGAAGGAGAUAGAUUUCAUUGAGGUUAAACAAGGAAACAUGAUUGUUAAUGACUAUGCUGUGAAGUUUGAGGAGUUAUCUAGGUUCUGCCUGCAUUACAAUGGGGUAGAAGUUGGAGGUUCCAAGUGUAUCAAGUUUGAGAGUGAUGUGCGUCCUGAGAUCAAUCAAUUCAUCAAGUACCAAAAGAUUCAUCAGUUUUCUAUGUUGGUUAAUAAGUGUAGGAUCUACGAUGAAGAUAGUUGUGCUAGAUCUGCUCAUUAUAAGAGUAUUAGUGAGAAGAAAAGUGGAAGUCAAAAUUAUGGAAAACCUUAUAGGGCUCCAGCUGAUAAAUGGAACUGGAAGGCUUCAGGUGGGAAAGAGACAAGUGAGGGAGGAAUUUAUGUUCCUAAUAAAUGUUUCAUGUUUGGGGAAAUAGGUCAUCGUACAGCUGAGCGCAAGAGCAUAGGCAUGAUAUGUUUCAAUACUCAGUUCCCAAAGCCAAAGAAAUUUCAAUCUGGUGGAAAAGUUUUUGCUUUGAGUAGAGCAGAGACUACUAGAUCUGAUAACUUGAUUCAAGAUAUGUGUUCCAUUAAUGGUAUUCCUUUAAUUGCUAUUAUUGAUACGGGUGUAACACAUUCGUUUAUAUCUCUUGAUUGUGCUAAGAAGUUGAAUCUAGAAAUAUCUUUUAUGGUUUGGAGUAUGGUCAUUGAUACCCCAACUAAUGAGUUCGAAGAAGGUGAAGAUAUGAUGUUUAUGUCUGCUAAGCAAGUGGAUGAGUCCUUGAAGGAUGAAGCUCGAGUAUUUAUGAUAUUCUCUUUGCUGAAAGCUGAAAGCAAAGCUAUGAUUGGUGAUAUACCAGUGGUGUGUGAUUUUCCAGAGGUGUUCGUAGAUGAUAUUAGUGAUUUUCCUCCAGAACGCGAGGUUGAGUUUACCAUAGACUUAGUGCCUGGUACUAGUCCUGUGUUGAUGGCACCUUAUAUAAUGUUUGCGUCAAAUCUGAGUGAGUUGGAGAAACAGUUAGAGAAUUUGGUUGAAAAGAAGUUUGUUUGA